AGGGACCAGAGAGUGUGGAAAUGGGUGGUGAAAGGCUCGAGGUUUGCUAGUGGCCUGAGCUGUGGAGGGGUCGGAGCAUGUGAUAAUAAGUCUUAACCGCUGUGUAGGGUUUGAGGCCCAGCGUGUGCUAAUGGGGUGUGUGUGUGUGUGUGUGUGUGUGUGUGUAGGACCCCAAGGGUGUGUGAUAGGGGAGAGCAUGCCAGAGGAAUGCUGAGGUGUGCAAACGGGGUUAUAAGUGUGGAGAGACCCCGUGUGUGUUAAUGGGGGAUAGGGUGGUAGAGAUAGCAGGAGGUGUGCUCAUAGGAUCAGGGCUCUGAAGUCCUGUGUGUGGUAAUGAGCGUCAGGGUGGUGGUAAUUCUGUGUAUUUGUCCAUGAGGGACUGCGGUGUGUGAGGGUCCAGAGAGCGCUCGUGGAGGUCAGGGUAGUGGAAGAAGUCCAGUGUUGAGAACGUGCUAAUGGGAAUCAUAGCCGUAGAGGGUACAUGCAUGUGGUAAUAAAGGUCUGGGUAGGACGAGGCCCAGUAUAUGCUAAUGGGGACAGAGUGGUGGAAGACCCGAAUCUGUGCUACUGGGUAUCAGAAGUUGUGGAUAUAUGUGGGGUGGGAGGGCAUGGUGGUGAGGGAAGUGCCUUAGCACUGUGAGAGGUCCAGUAUAUUAAGGAUCAAGAUGGUGUGAGAUCAGUGUGUGUGGGUGUGUGUGUGUGUCCAUGUCCGUGAGGACAGGGGAUGUGAGACUACUGGAUGCGCUCAGGGACAGGUAUAUAUGAAAUUCUAGUGACUGUUAAAAUGGGCUUAGAGCCUUGGAGGCGCUUAAACGUGUGCCACUGGGGGGAAGAGCCGGGGCAGUACGGGGUCCGGAAAAUGCUGGUGAGCAUCAGAACCUUGUGAAGACAGUGUGUGCUUGUGUCCACAGGGGACUGGGGUGUGUUGAGGGUCCGUGGGGUGCAAUGAGGAGGAUCAGGGAAGGUUGUGAAGGGAUUCAAGUGUGAACCAACAGGCAUUAGAGCUGUGCGGGAGUUCAAGCAAAGAGAAAUAAAUGAGUAGGGAUAUGUGAUGGUCUAGGUGUGCUGAAGUGGAUUAGAACCAUGUAGGGCUGUGUCCUAAUGAGGCUCCAGGCUGAAUGAAGACCUGUGUGCACUAAUGAGGGUCAGGCCAUUAUAGAGCAGUGUGUUUGUGUAUCCCUGGAGAAUGGGGCUGAGUGAGGGUUUAGGGUGUGCUAAUGGGGACACACAGUGUGUGAGGCUCAGUGCGUGCUAAUAGAGGUCAGGGUGAAGUGAACGUCCAGCUUGUGCUGAUGGGAGGUGGUGGGCACAGGGUAGUGGGAGGACAAGAAUGUGUGUUUAAUGAUGGUUCUAGCUGUGGAGGGGUUUGAGUGUGGGCAAAAACAGGUCAGGGAUUGGCAAGUUUCACUUUGUGUUAAUGAGAUUCAGGGCAGUGUGAAAGUCCAGUGAGUGCUAAUGUGGGUCAUCCACAGAGGGUCCCAAGUGCAUGCUAAUAGGGGUCAGAAUCAUGCACGGGGAACGGUGUGUUAAUGGGGGUGAGUGCUUUGGAGAAGCUAACAGGCAGCUGGACCUGGGAGGCGCCCAAGAAUGUGGCAGUAAGAGUUAACUUAGAGGGGUCCGAGCGUAUGCUAAGAGUUUUGUUCUCUGUUGGGGCUUCGUAUGCUGAUGGGGGUUAGAAAUAAGUGGGGAAAUUGCAGGUGCUGAUAGUUAAAAUGCUGAGAGGCCUACUUGAGGGUCCAGUGUGUGCUUAUGGGGGUCUGAACCAGAUGAGGAUGGUGUGUUUCUGUGGGAGUUAGAGUGUAAUGACUGUGUCCUCAGUGGUCAGUGUGGUGUGCGCUGAUGAGUGUCCUUGGGUGUGAGAGUAUUCCGAGGAUGGGUGUGUGACCUCGGAGGUCAGGAAGGACAAAAUGCCCUUUUUUGAGUGGACUUGUGUGUCUAGUUUCUCGCUCCAUCCCUCUUCUGGGAUCUAAAAAGCUCAGAAAAUGGAAAUAAUAAUCUUUAAAAGUUUUAUUGUAUAUUAACGUUCAAGUGUCUCUGUUCACAAAGGUCUGCCCAGGGCACCCCUGAUGGGAAUAUUGCAUGAUACACAGAUUUUGUGUCCUGUCUUCCUCAAAUCCUCAAAACAACUGAACUCUGGAACAUGUCCAGCCCUUGGAGUUUCCAGUUAGAGGUCAUGGACCCAUGGCUCCUUGUGGCUCCCUCUUCAUCUUCCGUCCAGUCCUGCUUACCCCUGCCCCUAGAUCCCCCAUUUCCUGCCACAACAGGCAAAGCAACUGGGUAUUUGUACUAUGGAGGCGAGACUGCCUUUGGGGGCUGGCCAUGCUGCUUCUUCAGCUUCAGGUCCAGUGUUUGGCCUACUGGUUCAGGAUUUUUGUUGUUAUCUUGGGUUCUCUGAACGGGCCUCAUCCUCUUUAUUGGGGUCUUUCUGCUACACUGGUUCCUCUUCCCCUCCUGGGGGUGGUGGUGAGGUCAGGCAGGUGGAAGUAAGGUAUAGGGACCACUGGGGUAAGCACCUGAUUUCAAGGUAACAGAUGACCCACUUCUCUCCUCGAAUCCAGCCCCAGCCUCAUCCUCCCACCUCCUAUCUAGCUCCACUUCCCUUGGGCCCAGGGCCAUCUUAGGCCCUGCUGCGAGUCCAGAUGGUUCCUAGGCCAGGUCUUUCCCCUACCUUGCUGGCCUAGAGCCCAGGAGGAAGCAGAAGAAGGCCAGCUUAAGCGUUUUGGUGGCCCUGUUCCCUCCAGCAGCCCCAUCUAGGUCAUCUUGCCGAUGCCAGCGUCCCUGGGCCACCUUUUCUGGAGUUAUUCACAAAUAGCAGAGACUUAUCCUGCCCAUCCUGGUAGAGAUUGGUCUUGGGCCCUCAGCCCCCCAUUCAUUAAUAUCUGCCAUAAGCACUUUUUGAGCAUCUACUCUGUGUCAGUCACUGUUCCAGGUCCUCAGGAUCUAGCCGUGACCUAAACAGACAGAAAUCUACCCUGGCGGAGCUGAUCUUCUAGUUAUGGCGGUCGCCAUGGAUCGGAUGAAGAAGAUCAAGCGGCAGCUGUCAAUGACACUCCGAGGGGGCCGAGGUGUGGACAAGACCAAUGGUGCCCCUGAACAGAUAGGCCUGGAUGAGAGUGGGGGUGGUGGCGGCAAUGACCUCGGAGAGGUACCCACUCGUGCCGCUCCUGGGGAACCUCGCUCUGGACGGGGCCCUCUCAGUUCUGCACCAGAAAUUGUACACGAGGACUUGAAGAUGGGGUCUGAUGGGGAAAGUGACCAGGCUUCAGCCACGUCCUCCGAUGAGGUGCAGUCGCCAGUGAGGGUGCGCAUGCGCAACCAUCCCCCACGCAAGAUCUCCACUGAGGACAUCAACAAGCGCCUAUCACUACCAGCCGACAUCCGGCUGCCUGAGGGCUACCUUGAGAAGCUGACCCUCAAUAGCCCCAUCUUCGACAAGCCCCUCAGCCGCCGCCUCCGCCGUGUCAGCCUGUCUGAGAUUGGCUUUGGGAAACUGGAGACCUACAUCAAGCUAGACAAGCUGGGAGAGGGUACCUAUGCCACCGUCUACAAAGGCAAAAGCAAGCUCACGGACAACCUUGUGGCACUCAAGGAGAUCAGACUGGAACACGAAGAAGGGGCACCCUGCACCGCCAUCCGGGAAGUGUCCCUGCUCAAGGACCUCAAACAUGCCAACAUCGUCACGCUACAUGACAUUAUCCACACGGAGAAGUCCCUCACCCUUGUCUUUGAGUACCUGGACAAGGACCUGAAGCAGUACCUGGAUGACUGUGGGAACGUCAUCAACAUGCACAACGUGAAACUGUUCCUGUUCCAGCUGCUUCGUGGCCUGGCCUACUGCCACCGGCAGAAGGUGCUACACCGAGACCUCAAGCCCCAAAACCUGCUCAUCAACGAGAGAGGAGAGCUCAAGCUGGCCGACUUUGGCCUGGCCCGGGCCAAGUCAAUUCCAACGAAGACCUACUCCAAUGAGGUGGUGACACUGUGGUACCGGCCCCCCGACAUCCUGCUUGGGUCCACGGACUACUCUACCCAGAUUGACAUGUGGGGUGUGGGCUGCAUCUUCUAUGAGAUGGCCACAGGCCGGCCCCUCUUCCCAGGCUCCACGGUGGAGGAACAGCUGCAUUUCAUCUUCCGUAUCUUAGGAACCCCAACUGAGGAGACGUGGCCAGGCAUUCUGUCCAACGAAGAAUUUAAGACAUACAACUACCCCAAGUAUCGAGCUGAGGCCCUUUUGAGCCAUGCACCCCGAUCCUCUUGUCCUUGCGGUAGACUUGACAGCGACGGGGCUGACCUCCUCACUAAGCUGCUGCAGUUUGAAGGUCGCAAUCGGAUCUCCGCAGAGGAUGCCAUGAAACAUCCAUUCUUCCUCAGUCUGGGGGAGCGGAUCCACAAACUUCCUGACACUACUUCCAUAUUUGCACUAAAGGAGAUCCAGCUACAAAAGGAGGCCGGCCUUCGGUCUUCGUCAAUGCCUGACUCAGGCAGGCCAGCUUUCCGCGUGGUGGACACCGAGUUCUAAGCCAGAGACCGAGGCCCCAGCAGGCAGCAGCUGGAGGGAUGCCACUCCCCUCACAGGGCAGCCCCCAACUGUAUCCUCCUUGCUUGCUGCCUGCCUACCUGCCUGACUCAUGCUCGCCUGCCCACAUGUCCCCUGCUGCCUGUCCAAACACCCGACCAUUGGCCUGUCAACCCACCCAUUGGCCUGUCUGCUGGGUGCUAACAAAGCUCUCAUCGCUCCUUC